AUUUUAGUAAGAUGCAAGUCGCUAAAAAUACCUCAUUCAGUAAGGAAUCAGUUGGGAAAUUCUCGAAGCCACCAAAGUCACUUAGAACUGACGAGCUCCGUCGGCUUAAUCUGAGCUCUCCUGAUCGACGAGAGAUCAGGAACCGACAGGUUCCUGAACUCCUGAAGGAAAAGACUCCUCAGAAAAUUGAGUUUAAAGCCAAGAUUUCCCGUAAAAAGUAUUUUGAGUCGUUAAAUGAUGUUUAUUCGAAGGAAGAGCUUCCAAAAAGGUUCAUCAGAAAUCAGAUCGAUAACACUGAUAUUCCUGGUGCAAAGAGCCAGAGGCUCUUCAAGGGAAAACCUCGAGCUAUCAUGUUUAAAUAUACCAAUAUCAAGGGUAACCAGCCAAGUGGCAUCAAGCCUAGAAAAAGAAUCAAGGAUUACAACUAUCUUGACUACAGUGAUGUUCACAGGAAGAAGGAUCUCACACGCUCGGUAGAGUAUGAAGGCACCCUCUCCCAUAAACAAAGUUGUUACAUCCCAGUGAUUGGGGAUAAUCAUGCCUUAAAAAGCCUUAAUUACGAUAAUUCCUCGCCUCAUAAAAUCUUUCAGACUGCGAACUCUCUUGUUCAAGAUCAUUCGGAGGAUCUUCGCGAAAUUAACAAUUCAUUUACGGUAAAAUCUAAAGUGGAAGACAAGAUUAGCAACAAAAUGCAGAGGAACAUCCAGCAGUACCUGACCAGGAAGAGAAAUAAAGAGUCUCGGAGGUAUCCUAAGCCUCAGAAUUACAUUAAGAUAUCCUGUCAGAAUACCAGUCCUGACAGAAGCUUGUCUAAUUAUUGCAGUGAGGUAUCUCCUGUGAGACACUCUCUAGAGGAUCAACUUGAUAAAGAGAUCAAGUUUCGGCAUCUAGAACCUACUAUUGACCUUGGCUACAGGAAUAUCACUAGGCGUCAUGAACGAAGCCGGAUGAACAAUAUCGCUGUUAUGAAGGAAGUCCGUACAGAGGAGUCCUUACCCAAGAUUCUGUCAAAAAAGAACAAAGAAUCUGUGAGAGCGAUCUUGACCAGAAUGAAAAAUUCAGAACGUUUACGGUCCAAAUUGGGUAGGAAUAAUAGUAAUGCUUCAAACCUGCUAGAAAAGAAGCUUCUCGAUCGAAACAAAAGCCUAGAGGAUAGAAAACAACUACACACAAUUAGAAAUGAUAGUAGAGAAAGGAACAUGGGUGUCCCAGCUGGGCCAAUCCCUAAAGUAGACUUUACAGCCUCGACUAAAGGAGGCAUACAGAGUCCUGGCCUUCUUUAUGGAGCUAAAUCUUAA